ACUAAACUGGCCGGUUUUACUUUGUUCGGAAAUUUCAACAUUUUAAGUGUACUUCGGAUAGUUAGUAAAAGUUUUGCUAGACGUUUUAACACUAGACAAUCAGCACCGGAAAUGGAUCUCACCUUUAAGCUAAACACUGGCUUCGACAUUCCACUGGUCGGAUUUGGAACGUAUCAGAUCCAUGGCCAACAGCUCAUUUACGACGUGCUGGAUUAUGCGCUGGGAGCCGGUUAUCGGCACAUUGAUACGGCGAUCGUGUACCGCAACGAGGAGUUUAUCGGGCAUGCACUCAAGACGCUGCUUCCGAAGUACAACCUAAAGCGCGAAGAUAUCUUUAUCACUUCCAAGUUUAUGUCGCAGAAGAAUAAGGAACAGAAGGAAGUUGAGGAAGCGAUACGGGAGUCACUAGCAAAGUUGCAAACGUCGUACCUCGAUCUGUACCUGAUUCAUUGGCCCGGCGUAAGCGGCUUGCAGGUGACCGAUACGGAGAAUGAAAAGUAUCGAAAGGCUGGUUGGAACGCAUUGUGCCAGCUGAAGAGCGACGGAUUGCUCCGAUCGAUCGGUGUGUCGAACUACAUGGUGCGACAUUUGGAAGAACUGUUGCAGGAUUGCAACGGCGUUGUUCCGGCUGUUAAUCAGGUUGAAUGGCACCCGUACUACUAUCAGCCGGAGUUGCUGGAGUUUUGUCGUGAGAAAAAUAUCUUCCUGCAGGCAUACUCAUCGCUUGGCUCAUCCAAUACAAGCGAGUUGCGCUCCGAUGAGACCGUUGUUGCCAUAGCUAAACGGUUGAACAAAUCGUCUGCUCAGGUACUGUUGCGUUGGGCUGUGCAGCAAAAUAUUGGUAUACUACCGAAGGCACGAUCACGCGGGCACGUGGAAGAGAAUGCAGCGUUGGAUUUUGAGAUUCCCGAGAAGGACAUGGUAUUGCUGAACAAUCUACGUGAAACCGUUGGUCAUAAGUUUGCCUGGGAUCCGGAACGGGUCGUUUAGAGCGUAACGAUCGCUAAUUGUACUCGGGUGAAGGGAGCCUUUGCGCUUAGCGCUUUAAACAUUUAUAUUUUUGUUCUAUCCAGUGGAGAUGACUGUUAUGGAGAAUUGUAUGCCUUCAACAAGCUUCUAAAGUACAUAAACUAA